ACCCCCGGCUCCCAUCCAAUCACCAUCCCUUCCUCCGGGGGCUGGGUGGACAGGCUGUACUCCUAGCAGCUAGCUCCUGCACUAGGCUCUCAGCCAGGGAUGAUGCCCCGCUGCCGCCGCUGCCAACAACCACCCCGUGCCCUGAGGCCGCUGCUGUUGCUGCCCCUCGUCCUUGUACCUCGCCUGGCAGCAGCUGCAGCAGGCCCAAACCGCUGUGACACCAUAUACCAGGGCUUUGCCGAGUGUCUCAUCCGCCUGGGGGAUGGCAUGGGCCGAGGAGGCGAGCUGGAGACCAUCUGCAGGUCUUGGAAUGACUUCCAUGCCUGUGCCUCUCAGGUCCUGUCAGGCUGUCCGGAAGAGGCAGCUGCAGUGUGGGAGUCACUACAGCAAGAAGCUCGCCGGGCCCCCCACCCGAAUAACUUGCACAUGCUGUGCGGCACCCCAGUGCAUGUUCAGGAGCACAGCACAGGCUCCGAAACCAACCAGGAGACACUGAGGGCAACAGCGCCUGCACUCCCUAUGGCCCCUGCACACCUGUUGCUGGUGGCUGCUCUGGCCCUGGCCUACCUCCUGGGGCUUCUGUCCUAGCCUGUCGGGUAAGGUGGCAGUGGCCAGGCCUCCAGCCCUGCUCUGGAGGUGGUUUUCCAGGCUCUGCAGAGCGCAGCAGGGCUUUUCAUUAAAGGUAUUUAUAUUUGUA